CUGUGCGUACUGCGCCUGCGCCGUCUUCCCGUAGGCCCGUGACUAACCAUAGUGCUAUUCGAACAUUCAGGCAUUUGAAACAUUUGAUAUUUAAGUUUUUCUAGCGAAUUUUGUCCCUUCAAACAUAUCCUGGGACUGGUGUCGGACCCAGCAUGUCUUUCCCCCCUCAUCUGAACCGGCCGCUCCUGCCGCCUCCCGGGAUGCCCCCUCAGUACGCCGGCUUCCCCUCAGGAGCUCCAAUGAUCCCCGUUCACAUGGGCAUCAUGACCUCCACCCCAGUGAUGGUGUCUUCCGUUCCGGUGGUCAGUAAACCUCCCAUGCCCAAGAAGGAUAUCCAAGCUGUGAGAGCCAAAGAUGAAGACAGCGGCCCCACCACCACAGUGUUUGUGGGCAACAUCUCAGAGAAGGCCUCAGACAUGCUCAUCAGGCAGCUACUCGCAAAAUGUGGGAUUGUCCUGAGCUGGAAAAGAGUACAGGGGGCUUCUGGCAAACUUCAAGCCUUUGGUUUCUGCGAAUACAAGGAGCCAGAGUCCACACUCCGAGCGCUGCGGCUGUUACACGAUCUCCAGGUUGGAGACAAAAAUCUGCUGGUCAAAGUGGAUGCGAAGACAAAAGCUCAGCUUGAUGAGUGGAAGGCAAAAAAGAAAAUGAAGAAUGGGAAAGAGAAGCCGGAAGGGGGAGGCGAUGAAGAAGAGGAGAUCGAUGAUGAAACUAAACAGAAAGACCAAAUAGUGAAAGGUGCCAUUGACGGCCUCAUGCGAGAAUACGCCGCUGAGCUCAAUGCACGAUCACUGGACGAUGACUCACAGCGGCGAAAACGCAAAAAGGAGAAAAAAGAAGAGGAUGACAUCACCACAAUCGAUAUGGAGGAAGACAAGAGAGACCUCAUUUCCAGAGAAAUUAGUAAAUUUCGUGACACGCACAAGAAACUGGAGGAGGAGAAAGACAAGCGUGAAAAAGAGCGGCUGGAGUUUGAACGCGAGCGAAGAGAAAGAGAGAAGGAGCGCGAGCGAGAGAGGGAGCGACGCGACCGAGAGAGAGAGAAGGAGAGGGAACGGGAGAGAGAGAGGGAGCGGGAGAGGGAACGAGAAAGGGAGAGAGACAGAGACAAGGAGCGGCGCACCCGAGAAAGGGAGAGAGAGAGAGACUGGUCCCGCAGCCGAGACAGAAGUACGGAGCGCAGCAGGUCCAGAGAGGUGAGUAGAGACCGUGAGCGAGAGAAGAAGCGUGACCCUGAGGAUGAAGAGGAGGCGUACGAGCGACGGAAACUAGAGAGGAAGCUCCGCGACAAGGAGGCAGCUUAUCAAGAGCGGCUAAAAAACUGGGAACUGAGGGAGAGGAAGAAGGCCCGGGACUACGCCAAAGAGACUGAGAGGGAGGAUGAACGCAAGCGAGAAAUGGUCAAAGAAGGCAAGCGCUUGAAAGAGUUCCUUGAAGACUAUGACGACGACAGAGAUGACCCAAAGUAUUAUAGGGGCAGUGCACUGCAGAAACGCCUCCGAGACCGAGAGAAGGAGAUGGAGGCGGACGAGCGAGACAGGAAGAGAGAGAAGGAGGAGCUGGAGGAGAUCAGACAGAGGCUUUUGGACGAGGGACACCCGGACCCCGACGCGGAGCUCAGGAGGAUGGAGGAGGAAGAGGAGGAGCGCCUGAGGCAGCCUCCUCUAAUCCAGGAGCCUGAGCCCGAGGAAGAGCGCGAACAUCACAGACCGUCCCGGGACCACAGGGACCACAGAGAGAACAGAGAGCACAGAGAGCACAGGGAGAGCAGGCCAGAGCUGGACAGAGGAGAGCCCCACCCACGGCCUCCCUCAGACGACGAGGUGGAGGAAGGAGAGGACGAUGACCACAGCCACGAGGAAAUCCCAGACGUGAAACCCCCCUCCCUCAAACCCACCAUGAGACCCAUCACAGCGGCGCCCUCCGUGUCCUCCGCCAGCGGCAAUGUGUCACCCAACACCCCGGGAGACGAGUCACCCUGCGGGAUCAUCAUCCCUCACGAGAACUCUCCACCUGAUGCCCUCCCACAGGAGGAGCACCGGCCCAAGAUCGGACUGAGCCUCAAACUGGCAGGCUCCACGGGCAGCCCCAGCCAGCCUAAUGCAGCCAAGAGGAAGAAGCUCCCGGUGGACAGUGUGUUUGGGAAGUUCGACGACGAGGAGGCUGAUGAGCUUCCCCGGAAGAGGAAACUGGUGCCUCUGGACUACGAUGACGACAAGAGUCUGGGCGUGGACGGAGCCGGUCUGUCCAGCAUCAAGGGAGCCAACGCAGAGGAGAAACGCAAGCACAUCAAGAGCCUCAUCGAGAAGAUCCCCACAGGGAAACCAGAGCUGUUCUCCUACCCUCUGGACUGGGCCAUGGUCGACUCGACAUUGAUGGAGCGGCGCGUUCGACCUUGGAUCAAUAAGAAAAUCAUAGAGUACAUUGGAGAGGAGGAGCCAACGUUAGUGGACUUUGUCUGUUCAAAGGUAAUGGCUCACAGCACACCACAGGGUAUUCUAGACGACGUCGCCAUGGUCCUCGACGAAGAGGCCGAAGUCUUUAUUGUCAAAAUGUGGAGACUGCUUAUAUACGAAACGGAAGCAAAGAAGAUCGGACUCGUAAAAUAAGUGUCACAGAUGAAGAUUCCGUUAAACGUUGUGUACAAAAGCGUAGCGUUAUCACGUCAACAAAGUUUCAUCUUCGGACAUUUGCACACAUCACUACUCUCUCAUCUGCGGACUUAGAACCCAACUUCCUCAUGUUCAGGUGCUCAUUGUGCCGUGUGCAUUUUGUUGUAAAUAAAGUUUUUGUUGAAUGUCGAGAUGAGCUCUGGACGUAUGGACACUACUGUACUGACCACGCACUGCAAAGUCACAGUUCAAUCAAUGUUAAGUUAUUAAGUUGGCUCAAAUGGUUUAGGCGCAACGACAAAACCAGUUCUUACUUUGUGAUCUGAACAGACUAUAAGCUUCAUCUUGAGUUUUGUUUCACAUUCCUAAGACGUGGAGGCUCUGGUACGUACAGGUACAGGUCCUCAGAUCUCACCUUGAACUAGCAGGUGGUUUAAAAUAGUCAGGAACACGUAUAACCACUGAAGGAGAAAUGAGCAUACGGGAAAACAUAUGCUCUUUAUUGUAACGGUGAAUAUUUGAAUAAAAGUCAAUUUUUAUAUUAAAGCAA